CUCCUUUGACAUACGCCAUUUCAAAACAACACAUGUUUUGAGCGUAUUGCUAUUUAUAAUUACAAUAACACGCUGUUCCUCGAAUAAAAUUAUAUCAAAAUGCCGAAGACUAAAAAGAAAUUUAUAGAUCGCAAGAAAGCUGUAACGUUCAACUUGGUGCACCGAUCGCAACGGGAUCCUCUGGCAGCUGAUGAGACAGCCCCGCAACGUGUCUUAGUGCCCGUCAGUGCUAAUAUACCUCAGAAAAAAGAAAAGGAUCCAGAAUUAACACCAGAACAAAGAAGAGAAGAACAAAUCAAAUAUGGCAUCUACUUUGAUGAUGAUUACAAUUACUUGCAACAUCUUAAAGAUUCCAGAGAAGUCACACUUGUUGUACAACCUGCCUCUGUCUCGACUUGGAUCCAGAAGUGGUGGCAGCUCUGGACGAUGACUUCGAUUUCGAGGACCCAGACAACCAAUUGGAAGACAACUUUAUUGAUCUGGCUAUGGCUGAAGGACGGCAGACCAGCUCGCGGUGGUCGCAUGCGUAACUGGGAGGCGCGCGACAAUGAUGACACCAAGUCCAGGUUCUCCCAGUACUCCAUGUCCUCGAGUGUCAUGCGACGCAACCAGGGACUUACGCUGCUUGAUAACCGGUUUGAAAAGAUGUUCGCUGAGUACGACGACACAGAAGUAGGUGCGUUAGACCUGGAAGAGAUCGAGGGCUUCAUGCCGGAGACACACGACAUGCUGCUGCAGGCUGCUGAGCAUUUCGAGGAGUCGCAGCGGAAAUACCAGCUCGAUAAGGAGAAGGAGAUUGCUAGAAUAAACCGCCUCCAAGAGAUUGAGGAAGAAUCUGAAGAAGAACUGGUGACAGUCGAGAAACCCAAAAAAAUCAAGUUAAACGCUCGCGGCAUACCUAAAGACGUGCUCGGUAAGGAUAACAAGCUGACUGUCAAGUCUCUCGCCAAAUUCAACGCUAUGCAGAAAGAGACCGGGUCUUCUGAUGAAGAAGACGAUGGAAAGACCAACGCUGAAACCAUUCUCUCUACUCUUAGUGUUCUUUCUAUACGGCCAAAAGACGAAACUCCAGAAGAUAAGAAAGAAAGAAAACGUCUUCUGAAAGAGUAUAGGAAAGAAAGAAGAGUAGAGAAGAAAGCAAACAAAGAGGCUUUCAAAGAAGAGAAGAAACGGCAGGAGAAAAUCAUGAUGAAUAAUAAGAAUAAUGUUCAAGGAAACAGAAUAUUGUAAUUUGUAGUUGUAUGUGAUAUAAAUAUAUAUUUUAUUUUGUAAGUGAAAA